AAAAAUUGGAAUCUUCAUUGUAAGGAAAAUAGAAAAGAGAAAAUGACUAUUGUUUUUGUCUGGCUCACAUAGGUUUUAUAUAUGGCAGAUGUGAUUCAGAAUUCCCACUAGAGAGAAGAAAAAAUGGCAGAUGUGACCGUAAUUUCUUCAAGCAUUGUUCAACCCCGAAGCACAAACCAAUCGGGUCGGACAAAGAUCCAUCUCACUCCAUUUGAUCUUAACCUUCUCUAUGUUGAUUAUCCUCAAAGAGGUCUUCUCUUCCGCAAACCCGAGCCUGAAACCCGUUUCAUCUCUCGGUUAAAGACAUCUCUUUCGACUGCUCUAGAGAUCUACUUCCCCUUUGCUGGUCGUCUUGUGAAAGUGGAGAAUCUUGAAAACGACACGGUGUCGUUUUACAUUGAUUGCGAGGACGACAAUUAGGUGCCAAGUUUGUCUACGCAGAAUCCAAAUCUUUAUCGGUGAGUGAUAUCCUUCAACCUCACGGCUCUGUUCCUGAUUUCAUGAGUCAUUUCUUCCCAUCUAUAGACGUUAAAAGUAUCUACGGUCUCUCGGAGCCCUUGCUUGCUUUGCAAGUCACCGAGUUGAAGGAUGGUGUCUUCAUCAGUUUUGGUUACAAUCACAUGGUUGCCGAUGGAGCUUCGAUUUGGAAUUUCUUCAAUACUUGGUCCAAGAUUUGCUCAAAUGAAUACGAUCAUCAGAAGAAUCUCAAGCCUCUUGUUCUCAGAGGAUGGUUCCUCGACAAGAUCGAUUACCGGAUCCAUAUUCCGGCUUCUGAGGCGGAUGCCCCGACAAGUGAUGAGAUUUCUCAGAUGCCCACUUCGAAAGAGAGAGUUUUUCACUUCACAAAGAAGAAUAUUUCAGAGCUCAAAACUAAAGCCAACGGUGAAACCGGCUCAAGUGACCUAAUCAUCUCGUCUUUACAAGCGCUUUCCGCACAUUUAUGGAGGUCAAUUAUCAGACACAGUGGUAUGAAACGAGAAGAAGAAACGCAUUGCAAAGUGGCUGUGGAUUUGAGGCAGAGGCUAAACCCUCCGCUUGACAAAGAGUGUUUUGGGAACGUGAACAAUCUCGGGGUAGCUACUGUCACGGUUGGGGAACUUUUGGAUCAUGAGAUUGGUUGGGCUGCUUUGCAAAUAAGUAAAAUGGUGAGGUCUCAAACUGAUGAGAAGUAUAAAACUUUUGCUGAGAAUUGGGUUAACAAUGUAAAGAUCUCAAAAACAGGUGAUGGAAGUAGAAUGGUUUGUGAUUCUGUGGUUGUCUCAAGCUCUCCUUGGUUUGAUGUGUAUGGGAAUGAUUUUGGUUGGGGAACCGAUUGCAGCUAGAGGUGGACCGGGGAACAGUAUAAGUGGUAAGCUUGUGCUUUUCCAAGGGAUUGAAGAAGGAAGUAUUGAUGUUCAUGCAACCUUAUGGUGUGAUGUACUUGUGAAGUUAUUGGCUGAUGUUGAAUUUAUGGAGAAUAUGUAACUGUUACAUGAUUGUUUGGCUGAGAAAUAAAACAUGUACAGUAUUUGGCUAAAACCAAGCUUAGAUGCUACUGCUUGUAAGUUGUGAUUUAUUAGGCCUAGAAAAAUAAUAUUGAUUUUGG